AAAGAUGACAAUUCAAAGUUUUGGGCAACGUACAAGAAAGUUUCGACUGAGCACGACGACGACUUCCUCGAUCGGGCCAAUGAUGAUAUGGGCAUUAUUUUGACUUUUGCUGGUCUGUUCUCAGCGGUCAACUCCACCUUCAUCGUCGGAAUGCAGCCUGAUCCAGGAGACACUACCAAUGCCCUCGUCCUCCAACUCAUACAGAUAAUUGUGAAUAGCCCAAAUUCCGUACCUGACAUCAGCACUCUUUCCUCAUCUACGGGAUUUUCCUCUUCGACGGUCUGGACACAAACACUUGCCUACGCUAGCCUCGCAUUUAGCGUCUUGGCUGCGUUUGGGGCUGUCUUAGGCAAACAAUGG